AGAACUUUCCACAACAUUGACAACAUUGCCUUCUUCCUUCUCUCUCCCUUUCCAGGCAGCUCUUCAGCUUGCUCGUAUCCACGUCAACCGCUGUAAGAUGGGGUGGUGACAAGAAAGGGAAUCAGCAUGCGGUGAAAUCAGGUACUAGGGCCAUCAGCGUUUGAGGUCAUCAUGGGCACCGAAGACAGGGGCCUUCCGGCUUUAAGCUCUGCCAAAGACCGCUACACCCAGAGCUUCCAUGAGAUGACGGGCCGUGUGAGAGAAACAUUCCGCACCAGUGUCAGAGACCGCUUCCGAGCAUCGAUGAGAAAAGCAGAUCCCAAAAGAGCGUCCAAAAACGCCGCAUCAGUUGCAACGGGGCUGGUGGCAGCUCGGGUGUUCAAGGGCAACCUCGUGAUUGCUAGAAUGGCCCAGUCUACCUGGUUGAAGUUUUCUGGAGCGGGGUAUUCUGCGCCGGCGGGGUCUUCAGAGGGGGGGAGGAAAGCGGGGAAGGCAUUAGCAGUUGCGGUUGCAGCGGCAGGGGGGAGUGUGGCCCUUCAGGAGCCAGCUCAUGCGGAAGCUCUGCAAGUGGAUGAGACUGUGUCUGGGAAGGUAUUGGAGGUGUAUGAGGCAAUCAGGCGUGGUGUCCAGGGAAAAGCGGACGAUAAUGAGAAGAAAGACUUGCUACCAGCAACAGGUAGCGUCUUGGAGAAGCGGCAGAAGAUUGAAGAACUGGAAGGGGAUGCCUCGCUUGUUCAGAAGGCCCUGCAGGCUGUGGUCCUUCCGACCAUGGCGACUCUGAGCAAGGCGUUCAUGCUGGGGUUCAACAACACAGAGAUCUACGGCGCAGAGACGCUGGCACAGGCCAUCCGCGAACGCCCCCCCGGAACCGCACUAGUCACUGUUUGCAACCACGUGGCAGCAAUGGACGACCCUCUAGUUCUCGCAGCCGUCGUUCCGCAGCGCCUCAUCCUAGAUGCGCACCCCAUGCGAUGGACGUUGUGUGCAUCCGAUCGUUGCUUCAAGAACCCCGCCAUGUCGGCGUUCUUCCGGGCGGUGAAGGUGCUCCCGGUGGAGCGGGGGGCGGGCCUUGAGCAGAAGGGAAUGGAGAGCGCCCUCGCCAAACUUGACCGGGGCGAAUGGGUCCACCUUUUUCCGGAGGGCAGUCGCUCUCGGGAUGGGGGGAAGACCAUCCAGCCGAUCAAGAGGGGGGUGGGGAGGCUGGUAGCAGAGGCCCGGGAGCCCCCGGUUGUGCUGCCGUUUGUGCACCUCGGGAUGGCCGGGGUGAUCCCUCGGGGGGCCAAGAUGAUCUCGGGAGGCAACAACAUUGCGGUCCUGGUCGGAGACCCCAUCCCGGUUGAUGACCUCAUCGCCGCUGCCGCCGACGCCGGCGCCUCGCAGACCCAGCUUUACGAUGCAAUUGCCGCACGGGUGGGCGUCGUUCUAGUUGCGCUGAAAGCACAGCUGGAAGCAACGGCUGCCGAGAGCGCUGCGAUCCGCUCGGAGUUGGAGGCGAUUGGCCCCGAUCUAGUUGAUAUCGUGGACUGGGACGAAGACACGAACCUGGUGAAGCUGCAGAAGGCCUUGUUGCGGGACAGGCGCGCGGAGGAACUGCGGGUGCUGCAGCAGGAGAGAGCUGCUUCCGGUGCGGAGACAGGGCCUCCCGUGUACCGGUUCGAGGACGCCGAGACCGUGUUUGGUAAACGGGCGAAGGCGGUGCCGGAACGGGCCGGAAAUGGAAACGGAAGCGGAAACGGAAACGGAAGCUCAGAGGAGCCGGUGGACUCGUACGCGGGGUGGACGGCGCUUGACGAGGAGAGCGCGAGCAGCCGCGCGCUGGCGGCGAGUCUUCUGGGCGCGGAGCAGGUUCCGCAGAGCAUGGUCGGUUUUGCGGCCCAGGCGCUGUUCAAAGCCCGGGAGAGGGGGCGGGAAAUGGUCCCCGAGGGGUGGCGGAGAGACCGGGGCUGGAGGGACGUCCAGUCGGGAGCAAAGGUCGGGCGAGUGCGGUCAUUUAUGCGGGAGCUGAAGAAUGAGCCGCGGUACGAGGGGCUGCGGACGCAGAUCGGGGGGUUGAGCGCGCGGGUGAAUGAUCACUUUGGGUCGAGUAUGCGGUAAACGGAAGUGUAUGGUGAUGAAGAUGAGUAGAGCUAGUCUAGCCGGGUGCUGAAGAAUAAGCUAGGAGUGACGGCAGUAGGAAGGGUGGACAACGUGUAGAUAGUUCCGGAGCGAGCAGCGGUCGCCUCUUGUAGAUGCUAAGCUCGGCACUUGUAGGUGAUAGUUUGGCUAUCGAGUAGAGGUUUCUGUACAGGUCGUGUCUUCAGCAGAUGAUAUCAAGGUAUCUCUACACGGUUCAGUUCGUAGUAUGGGCUGUCGUGGCCUUCGGAAGUAAGACAGCACUAAAUCUGGCAGGCUCAGAGAUGGAAACGACAGGGGUCGAUUUGGACGGAACCUGUCCCAACUGGGAGGUCUACACGAUAGUGGAACUGCUGGUUCGAUUAGUGGGCUCGGAAGCUAGAGGCAAGAGCUAGCAGUCUGUAGAGUUUAGCAGAGCUCAGAUUUGGGCUACAGUUGAACACUUUAUUUACCGAUGAAAGUGCUGCGUAGGCUAACCAAAUACCUGAUGAGAUGUCGUUUGAGUUUGAGAUAUUGUUACUGUUACUUCCCGUU